GGCCGGGGAUGUUCAGUACGCGCAACAUUUAUUCAACCUGAGGCGCUAAUUGUUUUGGGCGUCAUUUUGGCACCGCCGUCUUGAUUUGGCGCAACUGUAACCUCUUUUUCCCUCCGUGACAAAAAGUUUGACUGUUAAAAAAUGAUGCUCUGCUUCGCUCCUGCUUUUUCAUGCAAUGCUGUGGAUUCCGGCGUCAGCGUAACCAGCCAGUCAUCACUUGAGAAAUAGCUGCAUCUCUUUUCGACUUAAUUUCGGUGCCAGUUCCAACAAACGGGGCUUUUAUUCUCAUACAUCUCCAGUCGCUCGGGAUUGCGUCCAUUUGAAUUAAUGUCGCACUCCAGAAUGGACUUCGUCGGACUGUACUUCCUACAGCUGGCUCUUAUUGGGGUCCCACGGGUGGCUCUAUCUGCGGGUGGCAGGGACUGCCUGCGAGCCGGAGAUACUUGCUCCAGCGACGACACCUGCAGCCCGCGACUGCGCACCCUGCGGCAGUGUGUGGCGGGGGACGGCAGCGUGAAGCUGGGCCCCGGGGCGCGCAACCAGUGCGAGAACGCCAUGACGGCGCUGCUGUCCACCCCUCUGCACGGCUGCCAGUGCAAACGAGGCAUGAAGAAGGAGAAGAAUUGCCUGAGCAUCUAUUGGAGUCUGCACCAGUCUGUGCUGCACGGGCUGAGCCUGGUGGAGAGCUACCCCUACGAGCCGGAGGAGAGGGGCUUCGAUUAUGUGCGUCUGGCCUCCAUCGCUGCAGAUGGAGUCGGAGUAACCACGGUGAACCGCUGCCUGGACGCCGCCAAGGCGUGCAACAUCGACGAGACGUGUCAGAAGCUUCGCACGGAGUACGUCUCGGCGUGCAUCCAGCCCUCGGCCCGCUCGGGGCCGUGCAACCGGCCCAAGUGCAACAAGGCGCUGAGGAAAUUCUUCGACCGCGUUCCUCCGGACUACACCCACGAGCUGCUGUUCUGCCCCUGCACCGACACGGCCUGUGCGGAGCGCCGCCGGCAAACCAUCGUGCCGGCCUGCUCCUACGAAGACAAGGACAAGCCCAACUGCCUGGCUCAGCUGCGCGUCUGCAGGGCGGACUACGUCUGCAGGUCCCGCUGGGCACAGUUCCAGUACGACUGCCAGCCCUCCGAGAAGACUGCCAGUGGCUGCAAGCAGGAGAACUACGGGGCAUGUCUCCUGGCGUACACCGGCCUGAUAGGAAGCACCAUCACUCCUAACUACCUUGACAACUCCACGUCCAAUGUGGGACCCUGGUGCUCCUGCGCAGCGAGCGGCAACCACAGGGAGCAGUGCAACGACUUCCUCGCCUUUUUCCACGACAACGUCUGCCUGAAAAAUGCCAUCUUGGCUUUCGGCAACGGAUCGGAUGUGAAAACGGGUGCCAACCAGCCCGGCGUGCCCAGCCUGGCGACAGACAACCAGAGCCCGCACUUGGCAACCACCGCCCCCGGCGUCUCCAUGGAGACGGAGCAGAACAUUCUGAGAGCACAGAUACCUACUCAGGUAAACGAGAACGACAGACUGUGGGGCGACGAGGGAGACUCCACCCUCCCGUCUCCGGGCCUGUCGGACCGUGGAGCCGAGCCCCUCCGCCUGUCCCUGCUUCUGGGCUUCGGCUGGGUGCUGCCCCCCCUGCUGCUGCUGCUGCUGCUGCUCUCCGACCAGUAG